AUGUUCUUGGGGCACCCAUACCGAUUGCUCGAUCAGAUUCAGUUUCUUGAGAAAGGGACAGCAGGAACUAUGGCUGUGGAGACUUUUGUGAAUUCCAGCUUUCUGCAAAUCUUCUUAUGGGAGCGCUUCAAAGGUAUAGAGGUAUCUCCACUUCCCUAUCCAAAGGCUAGAUCUCUUGUUGAUUCCGACGCGGGUUCUUAUGUGCCGGGUAAUCUCCCCUUGAUAUGUCGAUGUUCUCGUAGAAUGCAAAGAAAGGGCCAAAAUUUUUUAGAGUUGCUGGAUGAUGUUGAGCAAUUUAUCUUCCGUCCCUAUUGCGCUUUAUCAGAGGGAUUUAGAAGUAUACCCCUUUAUGCUGAUUCUGAUGUUUUAAUGGAGGCCUUGGCCAUGCCAACACAAGGUUGUCGAUUACGUAGAGAGGCAUUGUUAAGUGUUGCAUGCCUUCCUUUGCCCACAUUUGGUGAUGACCACUCGGAGGUUUCUGUGCAUUAUUCCCCUUACCGGGUCAGACGACAGCUUGGGUUUGACCAAGGCGUGCCUUCCCGUCCCAACCAUGGAGAUUCCUUGACCUUGCACAGGGUUUUUUGGACUGGUGACAGUGUGCCGAGAGACGGCAGACCUCUUGCCCUUGCUCUGGCCAGCCGGUAG